AUGUCCAUCACCCUCGAGGAAAUGGGGUGCGAUACAAUCUGCCUGGUUCCGCCCGCGCACCACGAUAAGUUCGACAUCUGCGUCGAGUUGGUCGAAGCUGCUAAGAGAGCCGCGAUCCCCAACGUGCUGCUCAUCAGCUCGGCGGGGUGCGACUACGCCGACACGACCAAGGCGACGCCAGCACCCCUACAGGAGGUUCCCCCUGCGUUAUUCGGGUUUUACGCUGAGAAUUUGCUUCUGUACGCCCCUCAAGUCAAGGAGGAGGGCGUGCUCCCACUGCCCAUCGGAGAGAAUCACAAGUUUGCGCUUGUGGCGCUCGGUGUCGCUGCGUAUGUUCUCAUAGGCAAAGGAAAGCAUGGCUUCGACGACCGACACAGAGGCCAGAUGAUGGUGGUUACGGGACCGAUGCUUUGCGCGGGAAACGAGCCUGCCACCGCGGCGAGCAAGGCUCUAGGCGCCGACAUGAAGUUUGAGAACAUCUCUCAGGCCGAGGCCAAGCGAGUACUUAAAGCUCAGUCAGAGAGCGAUCGAUCGGAGCUGCAAUACCUACUGGAUUAUUACAGCUUGGUCCGCGAGGGCAAGACUAACUAUAUCGCCACGACGGCAUUUCAUGAUGUCACGGGAAAACACCCCACCGAACCGGACGAUUUCUUCCGCAUGUACGAGGAUGAGGUUCGCCCGCGCAAAAGGGCCAAGCAGAAUCAUAAGUAG